AUGUCCAACUGGCUUGAUAGAGCCUGCCAGCACCUUGGUACGGUCCUUCAGACUGCCAAUUCAAAUGAUCGUUUGCUAAUGAGCUGUGUAGUUUCGGCUCCCGGCGACCCGAGCAGUCAGCAACACAUCCAAAUGGUUGUUCAGGCUCUGCCGUCCCAGGCGAAGAAAUCAGGCAGCAAGCCAGUCUUUGAGAAGGUGGUAGAGGUGCUGCAAGGACGUUUUAGUCUUCCGCCUUACAUAACCAUCACGCACGCGGUUUCGCAAGUAAUCAGUAUGGAUGAGGUUCCCGCUUCGCCACCUGCCACUCCUAAUACACACUACUCGAGCGACGACUACUUCCAAGACCAGACGAUUUUCACACAUGCAGCCGUUGUGCCCGCAUACCAUGCCCAGAACUUUGCGUCGACAAUUGUCAGUCCGCGCCCCAGCAACAUCAUUGCAGCUCCGAGCAGCAUACACUACAGCAUUCUGGAGCGUUACAUCCCGCCAACCACCGCUCAGGAGGUGCACGACUUUUUUAGCAUGAGUAGGAAAUCAUAUCUUGCGGACAGACUCCUGGAACUCUCUGCAAACAACGGAACGCUCCUGCUCGUCUUUCCCACCAAGACGGGAGGUGCAACCUUUGCUAAGAGAUACAUUGGGCCCGUCAUUGAGCCGUUCCUACGCCAAUUUGUUCUGCUCAAUAACCUCUUUGUCAGCAUUGCCGUGGACCUGGGACGGAUGGCGUCUUUGGAGGGCAUGAAAUCGUUCGCGGAGCUUCUCCAGGCCGUGCGAGAAAUGUGUCAAGCUCUGGGCCAGAGAGCUCCGGCUCGGGGCUUACAGAGCCGCUACGAGGUCGUACACGCUGAAACAACAGAGGUGGUGCUAAAGGGGAACGUGUGGAAGGAAUGGUUUCUCGAGCAAGAACAACCAAGACUGCGGCAGAACAUGGUCGACUAUCACAAGGCUGGUGGACGAAUGCCAUCCCGCGUCGGCCAGAUUGAGACCACCCCAGGCAUGUUGGCGAGAGAAGUCGUGGACGGGAUACGCUCUAGCCGGGAGCCGUCAGGAGACGCCGGGAUCGAGGUCGGAGUGUUUGUCAUUCGGCGGUCGAUGUUGUAA